AGGAGACGCGUUUUUACAUGCAUUUUUCUCGGGGGAAGGACGAUGACAUGUUCGUCUGUUCGUUGUUUGAUGUACAUGUUACCAGUAGUUAGAAAAUACAAUUAAAACGUGCAACGUCGGGGUCGGAUAGAAUUAAAGAUCUUGAGACAUAAUCUAUCAAUCUAUCAAUUUCAAUACAAGUCAAGGCGAACAAGGGACAUUUCUCCAUGAAGAUGAAGCUCCACCCGGCGAAUGAUCCGGCAUUGACGCAAUGCCUCGGUUGUGGUGGACAUUUUCCGAUAAUUCCGGGACUAGGAUUCUUCAAAACGUGCGAAGAGCACGCGGACGACAAAUAUUGUCACGAGGACACGAAUUACUGCGCCGGCUGCCAGAGAAGCGGUUGCUACUUCAGCAAGAAACAGAAAAAAGACUACAAUGCGGAGGACCGGCGUUGCGAGACGUGCCAAAAUGAGUAUUGGUUUCACAAAAAAUCCUUGCACGAGGGGGUGGAAACGCUGCGGGAUACUUUGAAAUCAUUUCCACCUAAGAAGCGCAAAGAGGAGCAAGUCGGCCCCAUCUGCCAAUUCUUUGCCGACGCAGCCUCGAACUAUUUUUGGAGCCAAUGGAAUUACGACGGGGAUACGCCGCCUUCCGAAGUUUGGGCGUUGCAGAAACCGGGGAAGAGGGACAAGCUUGAGCUGAUCGAAACCUUUCAAAAAGCUAUCAGUGGCCAAGUGUUCGAAAAUGCCGAUUUGUGUGCGAUGUUGAACAAGGAGCAAUUUCUGGCUCGCCUCCAGGGCUGGUGCCAAUUGGAGCUGGCCGUCGUUGGGUACCCGAAGGCCCCGACGAAAGCAAGUUCUCUUUUUCAGAGUAACAACCGCAAGGCCGUGACGGAUUACAUUUGCGAGGUCAGUACGCCAAAAAACGAAGACGACAAGGAUCGCCGGGACCGGCUGUGGAAGAUUCGCAACAACCUGCUGCGCAAUAAGGUCUUCGAUGAAGUGUUCGACUUCAGCAACCCAAAGAAAAUCAUGACGCAGGAACAACUAGCGGAAGCGGUGCGGGAGAAGUUCUUGGAGAACUACCAGAAUGACGACUAUUUCCCGGAGCCAAAGGGCAAGACCAAGGAUUUCGCACAGACUUGGAUUGCUGAGAUUCUGUAUCAGCUGCUCUACAGCGCCCUGGGGGUCGGCAGUAACACGCUGCGUACGGACUUGCAGCGUGAGAUUCGUACCGAUUCCACCCUCUUCACGGCGAAGGCGCAUGAGCUGAGUGGUAAGCUCGUCAUGGAUCUGGGGCUGAGCGACUCCUGUCAAAAGUACCUCUACAAAUCCUUGAAGAAGUUUGCCGACCCGAGCAGCAGUCUAGCACAAGUCUUGCGGGACGAGGGUGAGAGCCUGGCAACAGCUGGUCUUAUCACCGAGCUGUUGCAGAAGCACUUCUGCGCGGAUUGCGAGGAGAAAAACGGCGAGAUCGUGGCAAAGAUCAUCGAAAGCGCGGAGCUGUCCAAGCUGUUGGAGACUGCACCGGUGCCGUUGGUUUUGGACCAGGAGGAGGCCGGCCGCUUGCUGAAGAGCUACGUGGAGCAGCAGCGGGGCCCACCGGCGGGGAAGGCGACCGACCUGGUCGUUAGUGGAGAUUUCCUGAAGAAGGAUGUGCUCGAAUUCAAGAAAUCUGCUGGCACCAUGGAGAAACUGGUCGAGAUGAUGAAGGUGAAAGGCUUCGAACCAAACCCCGAGCGCUUACGUAUUCGGCCUAAUGUGGUCGAGCACCCCAGCGCGUAUCUGUACUUCGGCGCCCACGUGCAGAAUCCCGGAAAAUUGAUGCUGGCAUCCGUGCUGCUUCC